AAGACCGGUACACCGGAGACGUUGGAAGACGUAGAUAUUGAGCCUGCUUUUGGAAGACUGAGUAGUUGUUUGGAAGACACGGAGAUGCUGGAAGACGUGGAGAUACUGGAAGACGUGGAGAUACUGGAAGACGUAGAGAUGCUGGAAGACGUAAAAAUGUUGGAAGACGUGGAGAUGUUGGAAGACGUGGAGAUGCUGGAAGACACAGAGAUGCUGGAAGACGAGCAGAUGCUGGAAGCCCUGGAGAUGCUGGAAGACCUGGAGGUGUAGGAAGACGAGGAUUUUCUGGAAGACACACCUUCGUUGGAAGACAAAGAUUUCCUGGAAGACGUGGCUUUGUUGGAAGACAAGGAUUUCCUGGAAGGCGCACCUUCAUUGGAAGACAGGGAUUUUCUGGAAGACGUGGAUUUCCUGGAAGGCGCACUCAUUGGAAGACAGGGAUUUUCUGGAAGACAUGGAUUUCCUGGAAGGCGCACCUUCAUUGGAAGACGAGGAUUUUCUGGAAGACGUGGAUUUCCUGGAAGGCGCACCUUCAUUGGAAGACUAGGAUUUUCUGGAAGACGUGGAUUUCCUGGAAGGCGCACCUUCAUUGGAAGACGAAGAUUUUCUGGAAGACGUGGAUUUCCUGGAAGGUGCACCUUCAUUGGAAGACGAGGAUUUUCUGGAAGAGAUGGAUAG